CCUGACCCCAAGUCGAGGGCAGAUUGAGGGGUAUCCAAUGUGGGGGGUUCUUGCCGAAUCGGGCAAGUUCAGGUAACCUCGGGAUGAUCUCAUUUGUCCUCUGCAGCAAGUAUAAGUGAGGAUCCUCAAACGGGCAUAUCAAUCACAUGGUUCAACACCUCAUUUUGCACGACGAUCAGCAAGACGACUCGGCCCUUCCACGUUAAAUAGCGGCUAUAAAACAAGCGAGCAGAAGAACGAUAUCUCGAUUGCUAGUACUCAACUAGUACAUGAUUAUUUAUCAAGCGGUAUCAGAGAGGAUUCUCAAUUGUCGCGUGUCGGCCCUCAACGGCCAUACUCGCUCUCAUGGUUGGACUGUCUGUGAAGUUUCUUACUAUUCGCCAUACUACAUUCUAUCGCUAGCUAGCCACUGGGUGACCCAUCUGCACGACUUCUACGAGCCUGGCCCCCAAAUGGACCGUACUUCAUGUCAUCGAUGUGAUAAAGAAAGAUGCCUGGGCAUAAAUGGAAAUCUGGUCUUCCACAAGUCUGCCAGAAAUGGCUCGGAGAGGUGGCGGCAAACCUGCGCAAAAAAAGUGUUUGGCAACCAAUGUUAAAGAACAUUAUUAGCACGAUUAUUGUGAUCAUAAUCGGAGUGAUUCCUGCUGUUGUAAAUGUCUAUGGAAAAUCAACCUUCCUCGGAGCUAUUGCCUCAGUCUUCGGCCAACCAGGACAACGCUUUGGGAAAAUGGUAGAAAUUAUCUCUUUGAUAGUACUCGGCACGUUCCUUGGUCUUGGUUGGGGUAACCUUGGCCUAUACCUGUCAAGCCUUGCCCAUGAUAGCAAUAUCCACGCCGCUUGGACGAUACGAGCUGUUUUUUUCGUCUUAGCGGUCAUAUUCCAUGGCGUACUUCGAUCAGCAGCGCCGAGAUUGUUCCAGCUUGUUUUCUUCUUCAUGUUGAUUAACCUUGGCCCACUAACUAGUUCUGGAUGGUCUGUGACUCUUUCACAAUUCGAGGCUGUGGUUUAUCCUAUACUCACUGCCAUUGGUGUCGUGAUUUUGGUGAAUAUUGCCAUUUUCCCACAGUUCUCAAGCGGCUUUCUGGGAACCAGCACGAUCGAAGCCCUCACAGAAACCAUCAUUCUAUUUCAGGAAGCCGGCGACUGGUUCAUGUGCAACGACGGAGACGGAGGUAAAGAAACGUCGCCAAAGACCAUGCGCUCAGGACUAGCUGCUCUGAGUAAUAAGAAACCGAAGUUGCGAGCUCGUCUUCGUAGUUGCAAAGCAGUCCAGGCGGAAUGCAACUUCGAGUUGGGGCUUACGGUUCUUCCACCUCAAUCGCUGAAGCCAAUCAGCGUUAUUAUGAUGACUCGCCUCGUUCAAAUUACAACAAGCCUCAUAAACGCUUGUGAAAGCAAGUAUGCAUUGGUAGCAUGCGAUAAUAUGGAAGACAAGACAAUCGCAUCAGGGGAUGAGAAAGCGAAUACUAGUCAAAUUGAAUCAGACACCAGCUCCGAUGAAGAAUUGGCAGAAUACCAGCGCAAUAUAGAUCUCAUCAAACCCGUCCGUGAAAUAGAGUCAGGGGAUAUCAAUAUUUUGGAGCAAAUCAUGUUGAAGAUCUGGCACCCAGCUAAAUCAAUGCAGGAUCAAAUCCGAGAUGCCGUGCAUCUAAUCACGUCCACGUUAGCUUAUUGUUAUGACGUCCCUCAGCUACCUUCUCGAUCUCCCAAACCAGACGGCAUCCUAUUACAAGAAAUGGAUAUUCGGAUUGAUAUUCUCUCCAGAGCUUUAGCGCAAUUCGAUAGCGACUCAGUUACAGCACUUGAAAGUGCUGCUGUUGUAAGAGAUGGAGAAAAUUCAAUUGACGAUAUGACACCUCGGCUAGAGACUCAUCUAGUGUCUUCUUUUGUCAUCUGUCUUAGCCAAGCAGCAAGGGAAAUUCUUGAAAUGCUGAAAUAUGCUAGAAAUUUGGUUGAGAAGAGACAAGCCAGGAAUGGGCGGAGGAAGCUUUACUGGCCUAAAAUCAGUUGGAAGAAAUGGCUCAUCUCCGGAGGUGAGCAAGACGGCAACGUGCUACCUGAAAGUGCAAGAAGAGAAGCCCGGUCCGGAUAUGGUUCUGUAGAGGACGAGGAGAACGCGGAUGGAAAAAGUGACUGUAACGCCACCGCAGCGGAGCGUAUCUCAGUGACUGGUCACUUGACUGAGUCUGGGCCAGUGCCAAAUCAGAACAAGAAGGGGUCUCGCCAAAAGCGCUCCUGCAAAUCAUACAGUAGCCAUAUUCUCUGGAUACGCGGGCUUGCGGCUGAUGUAUUUGAAUUCCUGCAGAACUCAGAUCAUUUCAUUUUUGCGCUGAAAAUGGCCAUUGCCGCAUUACUUGUUACAUGGCCUGCUUUCGUACCAUCGCUGAAUGCAUGGUAUGUAUCAGUUCGGGGCACAUGGGCUACUUUUCAGUUGAUUCUUGUAUUCGAAGUUUCUAUUGGCACAACUUUCCUGGGGUUCCUCCUAAGAGCAUUUGGUACCACAUUGGGUUGCUCGAUUGGUAUCAUUGCUUGGGAAGCUGGGCAGGGAAAUCUCGUGGUCUUAGUGGUUAUCCUCGCAAUUGGACUCAUACCAGCCAGCUAUGUUCAACUAGCUACGCCUUACGUGAAAGCCGGAAUUAUAUGCAUGAUCAGCUUGUCGGUCGUCGGUCUUACGAUUGCAAAUCCGGCGAACAAUGAUGCGCCCUGGCAAAUCUAUGUCAAGCGUCUCGCUUGCUUUCUUGCUGGCGGCACAGUAGCACUAGUGAUUGAGAUGACUAUAUUUCCGGUACGUGCAAGAGAUAGACUUGUCGAGCUCUUGGUAUCGAGUAUUUCCCAGAUUUCCGUGAUGGAAUCUACCGUGGCGACAGAGGUCGACUCGCCCAACUUCCUCAAAAUGGAGCCACAAAGCUUCGAUGAACAAUUCCACAAUGCCAAAAAGAAAGCGGAACAAGCACUUGAUGCUGCCCGGGCCUUUCUGCCCUUUUGCCUUACCGAGCCGCGAAUCAAGGGAAACUUCGAAGGGUACGCAUUAGUUUACCGUGAAAUGAUUCACGUUCUUUUCCAGAUAAUCGAGCGCAUGGAUAACAUAUUGCAUACCCGUAAGCUAUUUGGGAGAAGCGUUCUCGAAGAGCUACGCGAAGAAAUAUUACCAUAUCGGAGGAAUGUUGCCGGUUGCGUUAGUCUCACUCUGUUUGUAGUUCAAGAAGCACUGACUACCAGACUCCCUAUACCGCAAUAUCUACCCUCAAGUCGGGUAGCCCAGCUUCGGUCCGUAGCGCGUAUUCGCGAACUCCUACUUACGCACAAACAUACAGAAGGUCACAUCAACGCCGAAAUCCCAACAACAUCACAAAGAGGCUCUUCUAUAGCUAUAGACAACGCAGCGUCAAGGUCAGUUACACGAUUCGACUUUCUGGCAUGGAAAGCCUCAUCGGCCGGUAUGAUGGAGGUUAUCGAGUAUCUUGAAGAGCUUGUUGAUCUUGCUAAGCUCCUUGUUGGAGUCAACGCCUUCCGCGGCGGACUGCUCGAACAUCCCGAUUUUCAUGCGUAUCAGGAUAAGAUGAGCACACUGGAGUCUGAAGCCGACGCCACGAGCGUAAAUAUUAUAAGGAGACGCCGCCUUGAAUCCAUCGGAGCGCAAUCCUCAAUUGCCCAGCGCAUGCCCUCUCACACGAGCCUCCGUAGGCGCCAGACUGCUGGCGCUACUCCUACUGAAUUCGAUCAUACGAAUUUCGAAAAUGACGAUGACACGGAAGAGAAUGAUAUCUCCUGGUCUCUACAACGUGUUGUGACCAAGAGGAUGGAAGAAGCAAGGUCAAAGAGAAGAGGCGCCGAGGACCCAAAGGGAAAAUAUGCGCUACGAAGUGUCCACACAUGGACAGGAUAACAAAUAAGAUGUGGAAUUCGAGCAUCUCAAGGGCAUAGCAUUCAUUUUAUCGGCGUUUGGCAUUAUUUGCAUGAAGAUGGCAGGGGACUCUUCCUUUAUUUGCUGUUUGAUCAGGGUGGCGGCAGUGGCAGAGCGUGGUUGGCCGAGGGUUCUGUAGACCAAAGGGUUUCGUGAUGCCCUCAGUGUGCAAUGCAUAGCUAUAUAAUCUCAAUCGGGAGUCAAACCGGACGUGUAAAUCAAUACGCCGAGAUAAAAGUAGGAGUGUAGUUAUAUGAGAUAGAAUUAACCCAGAAACUCAUCUUAUAGAAUCAAUUGGCACAUGAA